AUGGGUGGUAAGAUAUGGGUAGAAGCAAGUCUCAUCUCUGCUCGAGGCGUUAGGCGUUCUUAUUCCGUCUGGAAGUGGCAGUUGUUUCCUGCUGUUUGGAUUGAUCUCGAUAACAAGUGCUGCACCAACAUUGCAAAAGAUGGCUCUGGAAAUGCAAACCCCACAUGGAAGACCAAGUUUGCUGCUUUGAUGGAUGAUACGAUUUCCAGGACAUGGCGCUAA